AUGAAUGCUAAUAUUACGGCUAUAACAUUGUUACAGAUUUCUCAAAAUUUGUAUGGUUGGGUCAGUUUAGUUAUAUUUUUUAUUGGAACGUUUGGUAAUGUACUUGAUAUGAUUUUGUUUGUUCGUCUUGACAGUCUAAAUACAUUAGCCAGUUCUUUAUUUCUUUUUGCCUCAUUCAUUGGUAGUCAAUGUGUUAUGUUAACAGGAACUCUUUUACGAAUCAUUUUUGGCUUGACAGGAUAUGAUCCAUUGUUUGCUUCAAUAUUUCUUUGCAAAGCUCGUUGGAUGAUAGGCCCUGCUAGUGGUGCUUUUUCCCUUACUUGUGUUAGCUUAGCAGCUGUAGAUCGAUAUCUUUUAGCACGAUCUCAGUAUCGUUCAAAGAUGACAUUGAAUCAAGCUCGUUGUGCUAUAGUAUUUGCCGCAAUUGUCUGGUUGGGACUCUUUUCAAUCUAUGCUAUUUAUUUUAUUGCACCAACAUCAGGUUCCUGUCGAUUGGUUGAUCCCAUAAUGAUUCAAUCAAUGCCUUUUAUAAGUUUUUUCGUCUAUAGUGUUAUUCCAAUAACAGUACUUUCUAUUCUUUGUUUUAUGAUCUGGCAUACUCUUGGUCAAUUACCUGGUACAUAUUUACAUGGUGGUCAUCGUUUACAUGAUCAAAUAACACGUAUGAUUAUUGCACAAAUUAUUGUUAUUAUUAUUACUAGCUUGCCAAGUGCCAUUUUUUCUGUUUAUACUAUUUCUACAAGAACAGUAUACAAGAGUUCACUUCGUUUGGCACAAGAAACAUUGAUGAAUACGGUAUGCGUCUUGAUUGGUUUUCUUACACAUGCAAUUAUGUUCUAUGUUUAUCUAAUUGCUUCACCUAAUUUUUAUCAAAAUGUAAAAAUUAUGUUUCGUGUCGCUUAUGAUUAUAUUGCACCGUUAAUGGUACGAUUAUGUGCUAAUCCACGAGUGAUUUUUCCUACAAUUUCAUAA